CCUCCCAUAUUUGGUGGAUCUUUUGGAAAGGAUAAAUUAUUCACAGAGAAGGAAGUUCGUGAAUGUCUCAUCAAGUAUUCGCAAGAUGCUAAAUUAUUCAAUAAUGGAAAGGUCAAAAUUAACGAGUUAAUCUAUACCAAAGUUUUCAAAUCAGGAAAAUCUCAACCUGUAAAACUUGAUACAGUUGUGCCAGUUCAAAAUAUCAUUGAUUGCCUUCUCAAUGAAAUGGUCGAUCACUAUGCAGUUGUCUAUGAUGGAAAUGAAAAUGAAAUCUCCAUCUACAAAGGAGCUUGUCCAGGAAUCUCUGUUGAAGCAGAAGCCAUCAUGGGAAAUAAGGUCAUUACAAAGGUCAAUGGUGUCAAGCUGCUGAUCAAUAAUUCUGAUUUGAAUUGUGUUGCUUUUGAAGAUCUUGUCAAGAAAUUGAAAAACAAAUGUAGUGCCUCAAUCAAGACAAACACUUCAAAUAUGCCAUCUGUUGGAGGAGGUAUCCCAGAAGCAGAUAUUACAAUCCAGGGAAAUCACAUUGCCAUGAUUGAACAAAUUCUGACACAGGAUUAUGGUUUCCCAGUUAGAUUCAUUCUAGUUAAUGAUAAGACCAAUAAGAAGAAGAAAAAGAAGUAAAUUAUUCUUUUGCUCUCCUUAUUUUCAAACUUGAAACUACGCCCAAAAUUUUAUUAAAUCAGAAAAAAAUG